GGGUAGGUGGGUGGGUUAAGUGGUAUUGGGACUUUCUUUGGUCGGCGUGCUACGAGUUUACUAGAGUGAUGUUUUACUUUUGGGAUGUUAGAGAGAUGCUAGCGUGUGUAAAGGUGUGGUUUUUAGUGUUUGGUCUAGUCGAGUCGAGUCUGGUACGGGUCUUACUUAGUUGGCGGAUGGCUGGGUUAGGUGGAUUUGUUAGUGGGUUGAUUUUCGUUAUCAAACGGAUUCGAUUGAUAUGACAUCUGCUUUAUUUUAUUUCUCCGCUCGAUUUCUGCGAUGGGUUUACC